AUGAAGUUUUCUGCCGCGAUCAUCACUCUUUCGGCCGGUUUGGCCACUGCAACGCCUGUCUUUCGCAGCCCAGCCCCUGGCAGACAUGUCUCUCGAUCCAUCAAGAAGCGACAAGUUCCCCAGGAACACUCCCACGACUUUGUCUUGACCAUCACCGGUGAGAUGCUCAGACUCAACAACCCCAAGGAGAUCCAAGACCCUGUUUUUGGUCUCCUGGGCGAUGCCGCUGCAAAGGAGGGUGCAGGAAGCGUCACCAACCUUGCUUGUUUGAAGCAGGAAACUGCUGACCAAGCCUUUACCAACGCCAAGGAGAUCGGUGAUCUUCGUGGUAUGGCUGGUGCACUGCUCUUCCAGGCUAUUGAGCGCAACACUGGUGGUGUCGGUGUUGCCAGCAAGCUGUGUGACGAAACAGCUGUCAAUCCCGAGAUUGGUGCCCUUACGCAGCAUCAAGAUGCUGCCUCCACUGGUGCUGGUGCCAUCAACAAGGCUGUUACCCUUGAACUGGCCAAGCAGCUGGCUGGCAUUGGUGCUGACCCCAACUUGGCUUUGUUGAGUGGUACUUUCGCACCCGGAGAUACCAGCGAUACAACUGGAAAGGGAAACUCCUGUGACGAGGAAGAACCCGAUCUUGGCUGCAUCUUCUCUCAAGGUCUCCUUGUUCUGGACGCUACAGAGGAUGAAAUCUCUUCUGCCGUAGCCGAUGUCACACCAACCUUCACCGGAACAGGCGGAAUCUUUGCUACUGACCUGGUCGACCUGGCUUCUUUCUCUGUUGCCUCUGGCACUGAGGUCGCUGAUCUCGCUACCAUCGUCAACGGAGCUGCUACUGGUGCCGCAUCCGCGACCGGUGCUGCCUCAGCCACCGCUACCGCUGAAGCAUCGGCUGGUAACGACACUGGCAAAGCUGCUGAAAACACGGCUGGUGCUGGUGCUGGUGCUGGUGCUGGUGCUGGUGCUGGUGCUGGUGCUGGUGCUGGUGCUGGAAAGGGUUGCAAGGCCAAGUCAAAGACCGCCGCCAGCGCGACAUUGACGCUUCUCCCCAGCCGCACCUCUGGAGCUGGUGCCAAGGCUACUGGUGCCGCCAACAAUGCUCAGGGUGUGAACGUUCAGACUUUCACUGGUACACUUGGCGGAGCAGCUCCACCCGUCAUCUCGUCAGCUGCCGAGAAGCCUUUCUCUGUUAACGGAAACACCUUCAAUGGUGAGAGCGUUGCACUCGGUCGAUCUUGUGAUAUCCAGCACAAUGCUUGUGCUGAUGCUGCCAACUCUGGUCAACUUGCGGGAGGCGUUGGACAGUGCGAGACUCAGUUGGCUGCUUGCCGCGCUGCCAUUCAGUAA